GAAGGGAUGUGGGGAGUCUGGGUAGGAUCUGGGUCCUUGCUGCCCCACCCCCUGCCUUGGGGUCUAAGGCUGCCAGAGAGAUUUGAGCAGGACCCACGCAGCACCUGACCUCUGGAAUGUGUGCCCUGGGGGGCAGGCUGAGGAAGCUUAUAAGCCCCUUGGGGGACAUUGUGGGAGGAAGCAGGCAGGAGGCAGGCCAGCCACAGAAUCCAGGAGCCCAGAGGUGGCCAGGUAAGCAGCCCCUGGUCCCCACCUACAAGCCUGGUGGUCUUCCUCUGCUGUUUUCAGCCUCAGGAUGCCCUCUCUGCAUCUCCUGUCCAAAGAGGUCUCUCACUUGCUCUCUCUAGUUAGAAUUGCUUCUCUGAUUCUCUGAGUCUCCAUCUCCAAGUCACUGACUCUGAUCAAAUUCUUAACUUCCCUGUCUCUGUGGCUCUCUCUCUCUCUCUCUCUGCAUCUUGCCUCUAUCCCCGAGGGUCCUCCCCACUCCUCUCCCUGUUCAUAGAUGGUGGACACUUUCUCUGUACCUUCCUCUCCACUUUCUGUCUCUUUCUCCCUCUGUCUCUGAAUAUCUCUCUCUGCAUUCUGAGUCCCAAACAGGGGCCUGUAGAUGUUCAGUAACAUCCCAGGGGGCCCAGAAGGGAAGAGAGAGAUGAGAAGCUCUGUUCUGAAGGUCCCCAGAUUCCCCUCCUCAUUCCCAGGUGCCGACAUGAUGGUCACAGCAGGAAGCCCUUGGGGCUGGUUCCUGGGGUACCUCCUCCUUGGGGUCACAGGGUCCCUCGCCUGGAGUGGCGGCAGCCACAUCAUAAACGGCGAGGACUGCAUCCCUCACUCGCAGCCCUGGCAGGCGGCACUGUUCAAGGAAGAUGAGUUUUUCUGUUCGGGAGUCCUCGUGCAUCCCCAGUGGGUGCUGUCAGCUGCGCACUGUUUACAGAACUCCUACACCGUGGGUCUGGGUCUGCACAGUCUUGAGGCCAACCAAGAACCAGGCAGCCGAAUGAUGGAGGUCCUCCUCUCCAUCCAGCACCCGCAGUACAACAAUCCCUUCUUCGCCAACGACCUCAUGCUCAUAAAGUUGAAGGAAUCCGUGCCUGAGUCGGACACCAUUCGGAAGAUCAGCAUCACCUCCCAAUGCCCAACUCCUGGGGAUUCCUGCCUUGUCUCUGGCUGGGGUCUGCUGGAGAAUGGCAGGCUGCCCACGCUGCUCCAGUGCACCAACGUCUCGGUGGUGUCCGAGAAGGUCUGCAGUGAGAUCUACACCUCCCUGUACCACCACAGCAUGUUCUGCGCAGGCGGGGGACAGGACCGGAGGGACUCCUGCAACGGUGACUCUGGGGGCCCCCUGGUCUGCAACAGGUCUCUUCAGGGCCUCGUGUCUUUGGGACAAGCCAAGUGUGGCCAGCCUGGAAUGCCAAGUGUCUACACCAACCUCUGCAAGUUCACUGACUGGAUACAGAAAACCAUCCAGGCAAUUUAGCCUGGGGGAUUGGACCCACGACACUGGCCUCCCUCACCCAGGAGCCCAGGACCUUAGUUACCAUCUCCCGGUGGCCCAGAGGUCCAGAACCCAGCCCUCCUCCCUCAGACUCAGGAGUCCAUUCGGAAUCUUUUCCUGUCUGCAAUGCCCUUAUCAGCCCAGUGUUUCCUAGCCUCCCGGGUAUUAGGCUGGUUUUCACCCUUUGAUCCCCUUCCCCCAGGCCCUGGAGUAAAGUGUGAGAGCAGCCGGGUUCUGUUGGAAGUGUCCUCCUUGCUUCUCUUCCCAUUGAAGGAUUCCAGCAAAUAGCUUUUCCACCCUUAGUCUUGUUUCCCCAUCUGGCAAGCAGGAGCUUUGAACAGGAGGCCACAGGGUUCCAGGGGGAGCAGCUGCACCUGAGAGGUUAAGAGGAAACCAGUCCCGUGAAUGUUGUCCAGUGCCUGAAAAUCCAAGUCAGCAAACAGUGGA